GCGGUGUAAUGACAGAAACCGUGUCCCCUCAGGAACUGUGCCAGAGACCCCAGUGAUGUCAUCAGCAAGCGCCUGAAGGACAUGUUUCAGAUCUUCUGUCGACAUUUUGAGGAAAGCGGAGCCGAGAACAAAACGAUGGGGAAAGACUUGUCCCUGAAGUACUUCGGCCUGGCGGAGGCGCUGUACUACCGGGUCCUGGAGUCCAUCAUCGAGAGGGAGAAGAGGAUUCUGGGAAACGCAGACCUGUCUUGUAUCCUGGAGCAGGACGUCUUCCAUCGCUCGCUGCUCGUCUGCUGUCUGGAGAUCGUGGUCUUCUCCUACAGACCUCCGGGAGAUUUCCUCAACCUGAUCUCCAUCUUCCAGAUCCCCGUGUAUCACUUCUACAAGGUAUCAGCGCAACCAAUCACCUAUCAGCCUGCUCAACUCAGUAGUUAA